AUGGACCUAGAGUGGGAUGUAUGGAUGGACGACUUCUUUUCGAGUUGCAACGACUUCUCGAAAGGGAUCCAGCAGUUAGAAGCGCUGUUGAAGAGGGCGAUCUCACAUAAAGUUCGUUUCUCGCCGAAGAAGACAAAACUGUUCGUCUCAAAGACAACGCUAGGCGGACAGGUGAUCUCACAGGCCGGGGUCGAGCCUGACAAAGAGAAGGUAGCAGCUAUCCUGGAGUUGCCAGUUCCGACGACGGCCCUCGGUUUACUCUCGUUUAUC